AUGGCGCGCGUCUAUGCGGAUGUCAACGAGCACAUGCCCCGGUCCUACUGGGACUAUGACAGUGUGAACAUUUCCUGGGGUGUUCUGGAGAACUACGAGGUGGUUCGCAAGAUUGGUCGUGGAAAGUACUCCGAAGUCUUCGAGGGCAUUAACGUCGUCAACUACCAGAAAUGCGUCAUCAAGGUCCUCAAGCCGGUUAAGAAGAAGAAGAUCAAGCGUGAGAUCAAGAUCCUCCAGAACUUGGCCGGUGGCCCCAACGUCGUCGCUUUGUUGGACGUGGUUCGCGACAGUCAGAGCAAGACCCCGAGUCUGGUAUUUGAGUAUGUCAACAACACGGAUUUCCGUACCCUGUAUCCUCGGUUCUCCGACUACGAUGUCCGGUACUAUGUCUUCGAGCUCCUGAAGGCCCUGGAUUUCUGCCACAGCAAGGGCAUCAUGCACCGUGAUGUCAAGCCUCACAAUGUCAUGAUCGAUCACGAGAAGCGCAAGCUCCGUCUUAUCGAUUGGGGUCUUGCCGAAUUCUACCACAAGGGCACGGAAUACAACGUCCGCGUCGCUUCGCGGUACUUCAAGGGUCCCGAGCUGCUGGUGGAUUUCCAAGAAUAUGACUACUCCUUGGACAUGUGGUCUCUGGGAGCCAUGUUUGCUUCCAUGAUUUUCCGCAAGGAGCCCUUCUUCCACGGCAACAGCAACUCCGACCAGCUGGUGAAAAUCGCCAAGGUGCUCGGUACCGAGGAGCUGUUCGAGUACUUGGACAGGUAUGAGAUUGAACUGGAUCCUCAAUACGACGAGAUCCUCUCCCGCUUCCCCCGGAAGCCUUGGCCCUCGUUUGUGAAUGCCGAGAACCAGCGCUUCGUCAGCGAUGAAGCGAUUGACUUUUUGGACAAACUUCUCCGAUACGACCAUGCGGAACGUCUUACUGCCCAGGAGGCCAUGGCUCAUCCUUACUUCGCCCCCGUGCGGGCCGCCGAGGCCCAGGCUGCCCGAAACAACACCGCGACCGCAUAA